GGGGCGGGCCCGGGCAGCGGCGGAGGUGCGGGAGCAGCGGCAGGAUGGCAGGGCACGGUGCUGUGCCCUCGUCCUGCGACUGCUUCGUGGCACUGCCACCGCACACGGCGUCCCCCGCCGUCAUCUUCGGCAAGAACGCGGAUCGGCCCCGCGACGAGGUGCAGGAGAUCGUCUAUGUCCCCGCGGCCACCCACCGCCCUGGGGACAAGGUCCAGUGCACAUACCUGGAGAUCGAGCAGGCAGAGCACACCCACGCCGUGGUGCUGAGCCGCCCCGCGUGGCUCUGGGGCGCCGAGAUGGGCGCCAACGACUGCGGCGUCUGCGUGGGCAACGAGGGCGUGUGGACCCGCGAGCCCGUGGGCGAGGCCGAGGCGCUGCUGGGCAUGGACCUGGUCAGGCUGGGUUUGGAGCGGGGUGGCACGGCCCGGGAGGCCCUGGAGGUGAUGACGGCGCUGCUGGAGCGCCACGGCCAAGGCGGGAGCUGCAAGGAGGAGCCGGUGCCCUUCGUGUACCACAACACCUUCCUGCUGGCCGACCGCAGCGAGGCCUGGCUGCUGGAGACCGCCGGGCGCUUCUGGGCGGCACAGCGCAUCCGCGAGGGCAGCCGCAACAUCUCCAACCAGCUGAGCAUCGGCACCGAGAUCACGGCCGAGCACCCGGGGCUGCGGGAGCGGGCGCGCAGCCGGGGCUGGUGGAGCGGCAGCGGCCAGUUCAGCUUCGCCCGCGCCUUCUCCCUGCCCGAGCAGCCCCCGCGCAUGCAGGCGGCCAGGGCGCGGCUGCACGGGGGCAGGGAGCUGCUGCGGCUGCAUGCAGGUCACAUCACGGCGGAGACGCUGAUGUCCAUCCUGCGGGACAAGGGCAGCGGGAUCUGCGUGGACGAGGAGGGGUUCCGCACAGCGGGCAGCAUGGUGUCCGUGCUGCCCCGCGACCCCGCCCUGCCCUGCGUCCACUUCUUCACCGCCACCCCGGACCCCUCCAGGUCUGUCUUCAAGCCCUUCGUGUUCGUGGCCGGGAUCAAGGCGGCGCCGCAGGUGAGAUCCCUCGAGUUCCUGCAGGAUCCCGCCAAGCAGAUCCCGAGGUUCCAGAGCUCCGUGGAUCGGCGGCACGAGCUGUACCGCCGGCAUCAGGCGGCGCUGGAGCUCAUGGAGCGGGACCGGGUACUGCAGACCCCACAGACCCCACAGAUCCCACAGACCCAAAGGUCCCACAGAUCCCACAGACCCCACAGACCCCACAGAACCCACAGACCCAAAGGUCCCACAGAUCCCACAGAUCCUGCAGGUCCCACAGACCCCACAGACCCUGCAGGUCCCACAGACCCCACAGAUCCCACAGACCCUACAGAUCCCACAGACCCAAAGGUCCCACAGAUCCCACAGAUCCCACAGAUCCUGCAGGUCCCACAGACCUCACAGACCUCACAGACCCCACAGAUCCCGCAGACCUUGCAGGUCCCACAGAUCCCACAGACCCUGCAGAACCCACAGAUCCCACAGAUCCCACAGACCCCACAGACCCCACAGAUCCCGCAGACCUUGCAGGUCCCACAGAUCCCACAGACCCUGCAGAUCCCACAGAUCCCACAUGUCCCACAGACCCCACACACCCUGCAGAUCCCACAGAUCCCACAUGUCCCACAGACCCCACACACCCUGCAGAUCCCACAGACCCUGCAGAACCCACAGACCCCACAGAUCCCACAGAUCUGCAGAUCCCACAGACCCUGCAGGUCCCACAGAUCCCACAGACCUGCAGAACCCACAGACCCUGCAGGUCCCACAGACCCCACAGAACCCACAGACCCUGCAGGUCCCACAGACCCCACAGACCCCACAGACCCCACAGAUCCCACAGACCUUGCAGACCCCACAGAUCCCACAGACCCACAGAUCUCACUGACCCUUCCCCACCCUGCAAUGGGAUCACACUCUGAGCUCUGAUCCCCCCUGCAAUGGGAUCACACUCUGAUCUCUCUGAUCCCACCCGGGCUGGAUCCGACCCCCUGAGCUCUGUGACCCCCCGAUC